GUCACAUAAUAUUAUAAACUAAUAAAUAUAUAAAAAGUAAGUCGUUUUCAUAGAUCUAUUGCGAGUUUCCUUAGAAAGAAUACUUUCUUUUUUAAUUGGCUAACGUUAUUUUUAAUAUUAUAUUUUCAAUUUGUUAGUUUCGGUUAGUAAUAUUAUCUGUUCAAUUAUAUUAUAGUAUAUCAAUAUAUAUAGCAUAGCAUAUUAUAAUAUAUAAGUAAUUAUGUAUAGAUAUCCUGUACAAUAGAAAUACACCUCGCGUAAUAGUUGCAUAACUGUGACACUCUUACGAUUUCUCGUUGAACAAUAUGACAUACAAUGUGAAUCAUUUAAAGUAUAAGGUAUGAGGUAGAUGUUUUAGAUCUCUUCUAUCUGUAGGCAAAACAAUUCUGACGAAUAGAUUUUUCUUUCCAUAAUUUUACAAAUUAAAGAUGCGUUUAGGCGGUUCUACCGUAGAACGUGUGGAUUCCGUGUAUCACACAUAUUUCACUAAGGAACAAUUGACAAUACUUUCUAAAUGUAUGCUUUAAUAUAAAUAAACUAUUAUAUGCCUUCUUGAAAUAUACUUCAAACGCAUUUACGAAAUUCUACUCGACCAGAAAUAUCCGUUAUAUUUGCAAAGUCAAAUCAGGUUGUUAAUAUUUUCUGACGCACGCAGAAACAUUUAUAAAUCUUUCAUUAUUCUGGCACAAAAAAAAGUGCAGAAAGAAGUGAGAAAAACAGUGAAUAGAAGUAAACCUUUCCCACUUCAUUUCAAAAGAAUUUGAUACUCUUAUAUUACUCAUUUUGGACUUUUCUCUAUUUUAAUAUAUUCUCCCCGUACUUUUCGCCACUCUCUUUCUUUCUUUUAAGAUUAUAACGUUCGUGAAACUUUGUUUCAUCCACACAGAACAUAUUUUCUAUACUCCUCGCCACUUUUUGACAUAUUGACUAUAAAAUCCUAGUAAUUUUACUAUAAUAUUUUCCUCACGUUAUCAUUAUAAUACAAACCCAAAAUUAUGUAUCAAAGAUCCAAUUUAAAACACUAUGUUGGAAGUAAUGAUUACAUUGCAGAUUAAAAUCAGAGAAAAUUAUUGGUUAUUGUCUUACAUUUUAUCUAUGUUAUAAAAUGUUUAUAUGAUUAAAUGUUAUUAUAAGAUAUAAUGUAGAUUAUAUAUAUAUAUAUAUUGCAACAUGCUUGUUCAAAUUAUUCUAUUUCUGCCAAUAAACUUGCGUAAUACGUUAUAUUUCUGAAUACAAAUAUGAUUGACCUUACGAUACAUGUAGAAAUGCUUGUAAAUAUAUUAUUAAUGUUCUUCAAACAGUCGCAGGAUUAAUAUAUAUACUCAAGCCACAAUUUAUUUACAUUCUUACGGUGUCAAGCAAGAAUAUUACAAGUUUCAUUUAUAUAACAUUAUUUUAUAAUUAACAUUAUAAAAUAUCAUUCUCUGUAAAGCGAAAUAAGUUAUAUCGUUCUAAGCGUGAUGUUGAAUCUUGGACCAUCCAGUAUACGAGGCCCAAUCGUAAAUUAUAAUAAUUUUUUCAGUCCGUACGUCUGUCAUGUCUGCAAAACUUUUGAGAACCUGCAAGUAUGUCAUUGGUGCCGUUUGAUCUCUUACUGUUGUAAAGAGCACUUGGAAUUGCAUCGAGAGCAACACAAAGAGUUUUGUCUGGCUGUAUUAAGCUUGAGUGACGAAAUAUACUACUCCCAUGAUAUAACUCUUAAAGAAUGGACUCAAUUAAAGAAGGCUAAUGUGAAAAAAGUUAAGCAUAAAUUGGGUCGCAAUCUAGAACCAUAUGAAGAGCAAAUAUUGCUAUUUGCAAAAUCGUGUCUCAUAUGCCGCCGCCAGAAUAACCUGAGUGUCGCUUGCGAGUUUUGCAUGUCGGUCAGCAUGUGUUAUAGGCACAUAUCGACUCCUUAUGAGCACAACUGCUUCAACUUAUGGCUUUGUAUACAACUGGAUAUCAUCAAUACCACAGAAUGUGAACCGAAUAUACGAAAACGGAAAGAACUUCUAAGACCAUUGACGUUGUUAUUUAACAUGCCGAGAGUAGGUAUACCCGAACUGAGAUCUUCUGCAACCUUUACAAUUCACGUUAUAGCCGGAAGCUUCACGGAUCAAAAUAGUCUAUUGGCUUGGGAAGUCUUUACACAUCGAAUGUGCCUGGAUUCAUCGUUAUUGAUUAUAAUGAUAGAGUCUAAAUUAGAAAAUCAUACUUAUGAUGUAGAGCUUUGUCAAACUUGCUUCAGCCAAAACAAAAAUAUUUCCAUCUCUUAUUAUCCUAUGACAUACAGACAUUACAUACGCUCUGAGGUAUAUUUAGAACCAGAUAUAGUUAUUGGAUUUAACGUAGAUUUUGAGGAUGAUGAAACGGCUAUCAGAACAGCAUUAAUAUAUCAGAACAAACCGCUAAUUUUGACCUGCAAAUCAGAAAGUAAGGCGCAAGAGACUGUCACGAAAAUAAAGGCAACAUUGCGCAAAGAGCCUGUCAUUAAUGAGGAGAAUAAAUUCGCAUCUUGUAGACCAUAUAGAGAUGCUGAAAGUGAUUUUGUGUUCUUUUUUCACCAGUAUUUAAUUAUCUAUUGUAAAAAAACUUGCAGAAAGAGGACCUUAGAUAUUUCAAGUAAUCACAACGAACUCAGCAUCAGCGACAGUUCAUGUGAAGAAUAAUUGUAUUGUCAUAUUGGUCGUAUUGUUAUAAACCAUAUAAGGUAGAAUCCUUUUAUAAAUUUAUUCUUUUGUUCCUAAUUCUUUUAUAUUUUCUUUUCUAAGCAUACUUUGCACACACACACACACAUAUAGAGAUCAUAAUUACAUUAUAUUCCUUUUAAUAGAUUUCCUUAAAAAGAUGCUGGGCGGGUCUAUUAAUACACUAAAGUUAUUGAAUAUAUUUUCAAAAGCACUUAAUAAUACGGACUGACACCCACUUAAAUUUACACACACAUGUACACAUGCGCAUGUUUGCGCAUACAUGUUUGCGAGAGGAUAAAGAGCUGAUAGAAUGUUCAUUGUGUUACAUAAUUGUUUUUUUAUUACAAAGACGAUCGAGAAUACUGCAUCGAACGAAACACACAAACAUAUCCGUCAAUAUAUAAUGUAGCUGAGUGAAUACUGCAACAUGUAAGGUUCUCGUGAUAUAAUGCAAAAUGAACUAACUUUAAACAUGAGGAAGUCAAAGUUAUACGUUACAAGUUAUUUAUGAGCUAUGAGUUAUUUAUGUUUAAUGAUCCGGGAGUGUACUAAAUCAAAUGUCCUUAUUUGCAAAAUCGUGUAUUAUUUAUCGUUGAUAAGAUCAUCUGACUGCAUGAGUUAGGCAUCGGAAAUCUCUCUAUUACACCUAUUCCAAUAAGGAUAAUUUAGUAAUAUACUAGAUUAUAAAUUGAUGUAGAGAUAAGAUGUUAUAUGUAUAUAUAUAUAUAUAUAUAUAUAUAUAUAUAUAUAUAUAUAUAUGUAUGUAUAUGUGUAUAUACAUAUAAUUUUCGUCGUAUAUAAUUGUAAAUUAUAUAGCAUAUUAUAUUUAAUUGUAAAACUAUCCGUUAUAUGCUAGAAUAUUUGUGAAUAUUUUAUUAGUAUCUCACGAAAAUCGCUAAAACGACAUCCGUACUGAAUGCCAAUUGUAAUACAUGUCAAUAUAAACACAGAUGUUUCGAAUGUUUAUCUCUUCCGCGCGCUAUUCUAGAUUAACAUUACAAAAUAUCUCUCGUUUCCAAACGUUAGUAAUGCGGACAAUUUUUAGAUAUUAUGUCGAUAUUUGGACUGUCUACAGAACAAUUUUUGUCUGUGCAAUAUAAUAAAUUUUCCUAUCCCAACGUUGGCCACAUAUGCAUAUCUUUGCAAACUUUCAUGAAGUAUUUUCGGUGUUGUACGAUUGCAUAUUACACCAAAAAGUAUAAAUUAAUGCGAGCGGGACAUAUCGAAGUUUGUAUAACAAGGUUAUAAUAAUGUUAAAUACGUAGUGGAACGUAUAAAACUCGCGUAAUAUGACGUUGAAAAGGUUGACUAUAUACAAAAAGAUGUGCUUCUAUUAUAAAAAAAAAAAUUCCAAUUCGAUCUGCAAUCGUACGAAAAGCAAAUGUCUUUAUUUGCAAAAUUAUGCCAUAUUUGCCAUCAACAGAAUAAAUUGAGAAUAUUGCAUAUCUAUCAGUAUAUAUUCAAUGCACCUUUUAAUUGAUUACGAACAUUGUUCCUUUCCUUUUCGGCUUUGCUUGGACUUAAACGUCUACAAUACUUUCACAUAUGAAAACAAUAGAAACAUUCCCGAAAAUCUUCUGAGUAUAAGAACUGAGUAUAAGUCGCGAAAUGUAUAUGAUAUGCAAUAUUUUAACCAGAGGUUUGCAACGUGAUAGAAACGUAUUUUUUUGGUUAUGCGAUUUUUAUGAAUAUUUUAAAUACUUUUCUGUACUGUCGACAUUAUUUAAUGGGUUUUUAUAAAUCAAUUUAUUACAUGUCCUGCUGCCUCUACGUAACUUUUUACCGUUUGUCUUAUAUUUUACGCAAGUUUUAUACAGGCGUAUAGUUUAGCAGCUUACGAAAUCAUUUUGUAUGAAUUUCAUGCAAAUACAAAGCUGCUAAUUGUAAUAAUAGGUCGAAUUAUUGUAGGAAUUAUCGGGAAAUUAUCAUGUAAUGCAGAUUUGUGUGAGGUGCAUUUGCGGUAAAAUAGAACUUCAGUAUAUCAUCGGAUGUUGUAUCACAAUUUUGAAACUUCAUUGAAUAUGUAGUUAAAUGUGAUUAUUAUAUUUAACGCAAAAUUUAGGAAUGAUAUAAUAUUAACACUAACUUUAAGAACGAUACAGAGUAAAGGUUAUCCGUUAAUUAUAAUGUCUACAUCGCAAAGUCAAGCGAGUGAGGAUAUAAUAACGAUGCAAGAAGUACUGUGCUUAUAAAUAUUACUCUUUGUUAACAAAAGCAAUAAAUUCCCAUUUUUCAAACCA